AUGGACAAGCAAAACGUGCGCGGGACCUACGUCGAACUGGCUAACAUGAAAGACAUCAUGGAGGAGGACGACGACGACGAAUACAAGAAACAAGCAGAUGGCGACGUCAAAACUGGUCUAAACGGCCCAGAAUCAUUGCAACUGACACUAAACAAUACAGAUUAUGAUCCCGACGAGACUAAGAAGAAGGAAAAGGAGAAAGAAGUUGAGGAUAGCGAAUCAGUUACAGAUGUUAGGGGAGAAGGUUGGGCUUCCAAAACAGACUUUGUUUUAGCAUGUAUUGGAUAUGCAGUUGGGCUUGGCAAUGUUUGGCGCUUUCCAUAUCUCUGCUACAAAAACGGGGGAG